CUCUGUGGGACCAACUUGCCCGAUGUAGGUUGUUGGUGUUCAGUACAGUGCUGUCAUUUGGUUUAGGCAAUUCAACCUGUUGAAAGGACUUUCCUGAAGUUGGGUUACUGUACAUCUUGGAGGGAAUGUUACUGUACUUUGUUCUUCGUGGAUGCUGUGCAAAGCACCAUAUACAGCAAGCAUUUUGUAAUGCUCAGAAAUGUGUCCAGAGCUUCAAUAUCAGAGGACUAGCAACCUCUAGCAACCAGCUGUUUGUCAGGAGAACCCCUCAGCGCUUUGUCAACCAGACACGGGGCACUAAAAUCCACAGGGCGAAGCAACAGCAGGAGGAGGAAUGGAAGCGAAAAAACAAGACCAUCUUGACGUACAUCGCAGCAGCUGGGAUUGGAAUGAUUGGCAUGUCAUAUGCUGCUGUGCCACUCUACAGGCUGUACUGCCAGGCAUCUGGACUGGGAGGCACAGCAACAGCAGGACACGAUACAGAUUUAGUGGAGACAAUGAAGCCAGUUAAGGACCGUGUUAUUAAAGUCACUUUCAACGCAGACACACACGCCAGUCUCCAGUGGAACUUUCGUCCUCAACAGACAGAGAUCUAUAUUGUGCCAGGAGAAACUGCACUGGCAUUUUACACAGCUGAGAAUCCCACAGAUAAACCUGUGAUAGGAAUCUCUACAUACAACGUCGUGCCAUAUGAAGCGGGGCAGUACUUUAACAAGAUUCAGUGUUUCUGCUUUGAAGAGCAAAGGUUAAACCCUCACGAAGAGGUGGACAUGCCUGUUUUCUUUUACAUUGACCCAGAAUUUGAUGAAGAUCCCAGGAUGGCUCGAGUUGACACAAUUACACUCUCUUAUACCUUUUUUGAAGCCAAAGAAGGACUGAAAUUACCACUUCCUGGCUACAGCAGCACGUGAUCUAUUGUGCAGAGACUUAAUAUUUCUACACCAUAAAGAGAAUAGUAUUUAUGGAAUGAUUAGUUGCUAAAGCUGCUUUUCUUAAUUAUUCUUGUCAAUAUGUUAUCUAUGUUCAGGGUAAAGGGAAACAAUAAUGACAGUUGGAUGAUGCAUCACUUGAAUUACCACUGAAUGGCUGUAAUACUACUAGUACAGUACAUUAAAACACCAGAGUAUUAAAGUUCAUGAAAAUUGAA